AUGCAGUCGCCAACAUCUUCGAUCACGCCCACUAAGCCAUCAGGCGACGAUACCCCGCCCGCUAACGUCGAACUUCCAACAUUAGCUUCGUACUUUCCGCCUCAGAAGUCGCAGAGCACCAUGAGCCGCCUUCGACAAUUCAUUCGUGAACCUAUGGCUGAGUUCUUUGGUGUCGCCCUUUUCGUUAUCUUCGGUACCGGUGUCGAUUGUCAAGUCGUUUUGUCCACCAACAAGGGUGUGGCUGCAUCCCCCAAAGGAGAUUUUCUCUCAGUCAACUUUGGAUGGGCUAUUGGUCUGGCCAUGGGCGCUUGGGUUAGUGGAGGAAUUUCUGGUGGUCAUUUGAACCCAGCUGUUACCCUGGCAUUAGCUACUUGGCGAGGUUUCCCGUGGAGGAAGGUUCCUGCGUUCAUUUUUGCUCAGGUCAUGGGAGGACUUGUAGGCGCUGCCAUCGUUUACAGGAACUAUAUUAACGCCAUCGACAUCUUUGAAGGCGGUCGAAGCAUCCGCACACAAGCUACUGCCGGUUUGUUUGCCACAUAUGCUCAAGAUUAUAUGACCGCUGGAUCUUGCUUCUUUGUUGAGUUCCUGGGUACAGCCAUUCUCGUCUUUGUGGUUGUUGCAGUCACAGAUAAAAACAACAACGCGCCACCGAGUGGCUUGCUACCUGUUUCUCUGUUCCUCGUGCUUCUGGGGCUCGGGGCUUCUCUCGGAAUGCAGACAUCUUAUGCAUUCAACCCUGCGCGAGACUUCGGACCUCGUCUCCUUCUAACCUUCGCUGGGUAUGGGAAACAAUUAUACUCCUACAGACACCAAUAUUGGCUUUGGUGUCCCAUCAUCGCUCCAUUCGUAGGUGCUCAAGCUGCUGUCGGAUUCUACGAUCUUUUCCUGCGGGAAGAAGACCCAUUCAACCGAUUCGAGUCUCCUAAAUCUAUCACAAAUGAUGAAAGCGGUACUCAAACUCCAGCUGCAAAUGGGAGCAGCCCGGUAUAG